ACCUUAAAUUUAGUGUAUGCCGCAUACUUUACACAUUAAGUGAAAGAAGGUAGUCGCUCAAAUAUUAAAAGAAUUUAACAGACGGAAAAAUGCCAGAUCAUUUAGGAGAAGACAUGCGAAAAGUUAAAAAUCAAGAUGAAAAGGAAGAAAAGGAAAUAAAGUCUUUGGAUGAAGGAGAUAUUGCUCUACUCAAAACUUAUGGCCAAGGACAAUAUACAAAAAGCAUUAAAACUGUUGAAGAAGAUAUUCAAACAAUAAUAAAACGUGUUAAUGAAUUAACAGGAAUCAAAGAGUCUGAUACUGGCCUGGCACCACCAGCUCUUUGGGAUCUAGCUGCAGACAAACAAACUUUGCAAAAUGAACAACCAUUGCAAGUUGCGCGUUGUACCAAAAUUAUUAAUGCAGAUUCUGAUGAUCCAAAAUAUAUCAUAAAUGUAAAACAAUUUGCAAAGUUUGUAGUUGACUUAGCAGAUUCAGUUGCUCCGACUGAUAUUGAAGAAGGCAUGCGAGUAGGUGUUGAUCGUAACAAAUAUCAAAUUCAUAUUCCAUUGCCACCAAAAAUUGAUCCAAGUGUAACAAUGAUGCAAGUUGAAGAAAAGCCUGAUGUUACAUACAGCGAUGUUGGUGGUUGUAAGGAGCAGAUUGAAAAAUUAAGAGAAGUUGUUGAAACUCCUCUAUUACAUCCAGAGAAAUUUGUCAGUUUAGGAAUUGAACCACCUAAGGGAGUAUUAUUAUUUGGUCCACCAGGCACAGGCAAAACUUUAUGUGCUAGAGCUGUUGCUAAUAGAACAGAUGCUUGUUUCAUUCGUGUCAUUGGUUCUGAAUUAGUCCAAAAAUAUGUUGGUGAGGGAGCUCGCAUGGUAAGAGAAUUGUUUGAAAUGGCACGCAGUAAGAAAGCAUGCUUAAUAUUCUUUGAUGAAAUUGAUGCUAUUGGAGGAGCUCGGUUCGAUGACGGGGCUGGUGGCGAUAAUGAAGUACAACGUACUAUGCUAGAAUUAAUCAAUCAAUUGGAUGGAUUUGAUCCAAGAGGUAAUAUUAAAGUAUUAAUGGCAACAAAUAGACCUGAUACGUUAGAUCCAGCCUUAAUGAGGCCAGGACGUUUGGACAGAAAAGUAGAAUUUGGUUUACCAGACUUAGAAGGUCGAACGCACAUUUUCAAAAUUCACGCUCGUUCAAUGAGUGUCGAAAGAGACAUUAGAUUUGAACUUCUCGCACGUUUGUGCCCAAACAGUACAGGUGCCGAAAUUCGUUCUGUUUGUACCGAAGCAGGUAUGUUUGCUAUCCGUGCGCGUCGUAAAGUAGCUACGGAAAAAGACUUUCUUGAAGCCGUGAACAAAGUCAUUAAAUCUUAUGCUAAGUUCUCUGCAACUCCUAAAUAUAUGACUUAUAAUUAAAUAUGUUAUUAAAUUUUGA